AGAGGAGAGGAGAAAGCCACACCUGAGCCUGGAGCAUUACGCCUCCUCCUCCUCCUCCUCCUCCUCCUCCUUCUCCUUCUUCUUCUUCUUCUUCUCUUUAGUGGACGUCGCCGGAGCUCGGAGCCGGAACCUGUUGCUUUGCAACUUUAGUAUUGUUCUGGAUGCAUCGGCUUCGUGAGCCAAUAACGUGAGAGGAGGUCUACCGUUUUGGCUUCGUUUGGGAGCUCGGUCGGAGAUGGGAGUUCAGGCCGCCGCCUUCGCUGUUGUUGUGACUACUGUCAGGUCCAGCAAGCGGAAGGGCGUGGCAAGUUACUGUGGCCGCGACCGUGCCCUGGUUUCGACCUUCCUCGGCGUCUGCGAGUCGGGCAAACUGCUGCGCGCGAAGGAGGUCGGGAGAGGAGGUGGAGGAAGGCGAAGUCUUGACCAUGGCCAUGCCUUGCGCGGGCGCGCCAGGAUGGAGCACUUCCCUACUGGGUGUGGCGAUGAUGGUUGGGAGGAGGAGAAGGAGGAGGAGUUUGUUCAGAGGCUGGAGGAAUUGACCCUCGAGCUUCAGCAGCAACAAGGGAAUGGCAGUGCAGAGUCUAAGUCCUUUGCUUCCUUUUGCUUCGAUGCGAGCCCGGCGGUUUCCCAUCCGUCGUCGUCGUUGAGGAAGCAAGAGUCUUCAACGGAGCCACCGUGGGUGCCGGUGAGGCCGGAACCGCCGGACUGGUCCGACCAGAUUGUGCCGGCGAGCGUGGAGAAGAACGCGAACAGCGUGGAGAUACCCUUGUCGCUGCGGAUCAUAAAGCGGAAGAAGAGGUGGGAGGACGGGUGGUGGCUCCGGGAGGCGGGCGAGUCAGCCUACUGCUCCGUGAAGCGGGCCUUCUCCUCCAUGGUCUUCAUGAUCCGGGAGCUCCAGAAAUACACGCUCCAGAUGCGGGAGGAGCUCCUCCGCGAGGACCUCCAGGGGAUCCUCGCGCGGGUGCAGCAGGAGAUGAACUCCUCCUUCGUCUGGCUCUUCCAGCAGAUUUUCUCCUGCACACCCACUCUCAUGGUCUCCGUCAUGCUUCUGCUUGCCAACUUCACCGUCUACUCCAUGGGUCACCUCGACGCCUCCGCUAUGGCGGCGCCCAAUCCGCCGACCCAGUUGGAGACAGUGACGGUGGAACACCGUCGCCAGAUCCAUGGCGACCAUUCUUCUAUUAGAACCACUUCGAUCGGCAGGACCGCCUCCGUGGGAGGGAACGGCGGAGGCGGAAAGACGAGGCCGGUGGUAGGGGCCACCGGCGAUGGCCAGUCGGGUGAGGAAUCCGUCGCCUACAGUACCAUUUUCCCCGAUGCGGUCUCUACGGCUCUGGGGACGGUCACCACCGAGGUGGGAGCGAUGGCGGAGGAGCAGGAGGAAGCUAGGGUUUGGAAAGGAAUACUGGAGGAGGUAUCAGGGAUCCAAAAAAGCACGAGGGACGAUGCCCUAAUGGACGAGGAAACGCUCCGGCAGCUCGUUUCGCCCGUGACGGUGGAUCUGGAGGCCGACGACUAUGACGACUACUUGCGAACGGAGAUCACGUACCAAAACGCGCUGUCGGAGGAUCCAGAGAACGCCCUUCUGCUUGCAAACUUCGCCCAAUUCCUCUACCUCGUCCUCCGGGACCACGACAGAGCGGAUUUCUAUUUCAAGAAGGCGGUGGCAUCGAAGCCGGCGGACGGGGAGGCGUUGAGUCGAUACGCGAGCUUUCUGUGGGUGGCGAGGAAGGAUCUGGCGGCGGCAGAGGAGACGUUUCUGGAAGCAAUGGAGGCGGAUCCUGGAAACGCCGCCAGCUACGCCCAUUUCCUGUGGAGUACUGGCGGCGGCGACACCUGCUAUCCGCCGGACGCCGGCGGCGCCUCAUAGCUGCAGGACGACAAAAUUAGUCGCGAAAAUUUCGCUCCUGGCAAGUUUCAUCUUUUUUUUCGACAUGCCUCUUGAAAUUUUAAGAUAUUAAAAUCUUAAGAAAGUCAUUAAAUAUUUAACAGAAUUAGAAACGAUACAAGUUCACUGAGGGGGCGUUUGAUUUAGGGGAAUAGAAAUGGGAAAUGGAAAUGAGAAUCAUUGAUUGUCAUUGUUAAUAUUUAAAUUAUUGGAAUAGGAAUACAAAUAAGGGAAUGAAUCCUUGAAAUUGGGUAAUAACUCAAGGAGAGAGCGUUUGGUUCUUUUCUAAAAUAUAAAUCGGAAUGAGAAUCAAUGUAUUGUGAAAUAGAAAUGAGUAUGAGCAUGAAUAUCACUCUUAAAA